UUGUCACUGUUUCCAAUAAUAUUGUAUGGUCACGGUGUAAAGUUGUGGUAGAGUAUUAAAAUAAUUGUCUGGAAACUAGUAGAAAUUGAAAGAAUUCAUAAUGGAAUUCGGUGUCGAUGGUGCAGAAAAAAAAAUUGACAAAUAUGACUUCAACAGUGCUUUCCAAACAUUCAUACAAAAACGUAAUAAACCACACUUGGUUGACAUCAGUCUAAUAUCAGGUUAUGAAUUACCACGGACUAUACCAACCAAAAAAGAAUGUAGUAAUAAUUGUGUUGACGAACAUAAUCAUGUAAACCACCUACAGUCUGACUCAAGAGAAAAACCGUUCCAGUGUAGCAUGUGCCCAAAAUGGUACAAAAGUCAAGAUUCUUUGAAUAGACAUUAUAUUAUUCAUACUCGGAAAAAGCCAUACAACUGUGGAAUCUGUUCUAAAUCAUUCGCUUACAAGAGUCAUUUCAUUGAACACAAUAUGAUUCAUACAGGUGAAAAGAAUUUUGUUUGUAAAGUUUGCUUCAGAUCUUUCUAUCUGUUGAAAAGGUUGAGAUGUCAUGAGAAAGUUCAUUCAGAUGAAAAAAGUCAUGAAACAGUUCAUUUGAAAGACAGCCAAUUCCAACAGAUGGAAUUUCAUACACAAGAACAAUCAUUUUCCAAGGAUUUGUCUACAAGUUCAUGUAAAGUAACACAAAUUGAAAGUUCGGAUGGGGAUAAUUGUAAUAUUAUUGAAGAAAAUAUCAAGGCUGGCUUGAAUACUCAGGAAAAAAAUGUCAAGGAUGACUUGAAUAGUCAAGAAGAUAUGAAGAAUGAGUUCAAUAUUUAUCAAGAAAGUAUAAAAAUCGAGUUCACUAGUGAUGAUGUUAAAGAUGAAGAUAUUACAUUAGAUGUUAAACCUCCUCUUGAGCUUAUUCCAGGUGAUUCACAGCUGAUUACGGAAAUAGAAAAUGAAACAAUUACUUGGGAAACCUACCAAGAAAUUACAAAUACCGGUGAUACUUAUGAUAAAACUAAUGGUGUACAAGAUUUGCAAACUAAACAAGAAGUCGAUAUUGGACUGGAUAUAAAACCUUUCAAGCUUAUCCCAGGUUACGAAGACGAAAUAAUAUCCAAGGAUAAAGAGAUGGAAAUCGCUACUAUUGAUAUUUUUAAUGGAAGAAAGCAUUUGACAGGAGAAUGCAGUAAAAACUUUGCACCAAACCAGAUCAAUGUGCGUACGCAAGAAAAUCCGUUAAUAGAAAGUUCGGAAGAAAUGCCAUUAUGGUGUAAAAUCUAUUCAGAUUCUUUCAGAACUGAGAAAGACUUAAAAGCUCACCAGAAAACUACUUGUACACAAAACGAAUUAUUUUCCAGAGAUUUGUCAACCUCUAUUAAUCACUUUGAAACGGUACUAAUUGAAAGUUUCAGUAAGGAUUAUUCCAAUAUUCAUGAUUCGAAUAUUGAUGAAGAUGUCAGGGAUGAGUCAAAUAUUUAUGAAGAGCACAAGAAAAUCAACUCCACUAUCAAAAAUGAAGCAGAUGAAAAUAUUACCCCCGAUGUAAAACCUCUUGCAGAUUUUGAAAUACAGCAAAUAGAUGAAAUAUUACAUGAGCAAAAAACCCAAAAAAUUACAUCUACCAAUAAUUGUGAUGAUAUCAAUCAUUUAAAAGGAGAAUGCAGUAAAAAUCUUGAUGCAAAUCGAAAUAACUAUGUACAAGAUCUGCAAUCAAAGGAAAAAAAUUUUCGUUCCAAGGAUCUGUCAACAAAUAACAGUGAAACGGUAAUGAUCGUGAGUUCAAUUGAGAAUGAUUCUGAUUUCCACAAAGAAAAUAUUGAGAAUGAGCUGAAUACUAAUGGAAAUGAUGUCAAAGAUGACUUGACUAUUUGUAAAGACGAUAUAAAAGUUGAAUUCUUUGACAGAGACUCAGGAGAUGAGAAUCUUAUACAAGAUGUAAUAAAUCCACAUCUUGAGCUUAUUCCAGGCUUUAAUUCACAGCAGAUUACUGAAAUAGACGAAACUGUAUCCGAGGACAAAAACAAAAAGGUACAUACAGAAGAAAUGGCAUUUAGCGAAAUUUCAGAAGGAAUACCAUUUAAUUCUAAAAUGUAUUCAGAUACUUUCAAUACUGGGAAGAAACUAAAAACAUGUGAGAAUAAUAUUCAUACACAAGAAAACCAGUUUUUCAAGGAUUUGUCAACAAAUCAUUUUGAAGCUGUACUGAACAAAACUUCAGAUGAGGAUGAAUAUAAUUUUGUAGAUGUCAAGAAUGACUUGAAUGUUGAAGAUGACUUUGAUAUUCAUGAAGAAAAUAUAAAAGUCGACUUCACUAGCAGAGAUGCAAGAGACGAGGAUAUUACACUAGAUAUAAAACCUUCUCCUGUCACUAUUAGAGGUAUUGAAUUGCAGCAGGUGGUAGAAGUAGAUAUUGCAACAGUACCCAAAGAAAUAGAAGCAGUAGUUACAACUACCAACAUUUCUAAUGAUGCCAACUAUUUAAAAAAAGAAAGAAGUGAAAAUUUGGUGGCUGAAAAUAAUUGUAUACAACUUGAAAAAACUGACGAAGUGAUAAAACAGUUUCGUUGUAGAAAAUGUUCGAAAAAUUUCAAAAGUAAAGAAUUAGUGCAAAAGCAUGAAAAGAUUCAUUCAGAAAUAAAACCAUUUCACUGCAAAAUUUGUUCCAAAUCAUUCCGUACCAACAGUCAGUUGGUAAUUCACAAGAGGGUUCAUACAGAGGAAAGACCUUUUGUUUGUAAAAUCUGCUCUCACUCUUUCAAACUGAUGAGAAAUCUGAGAAGACACAAAUGGAUUCAUUCAGCAGAAAAACCAUUUGUUUGUAAAUUCUGCUCAAAAUCAUUUGCUGAUAAGAGUUAUUUGAAAGAUCAUGAAAGGAUUCAUACAGAAAAACGAUUUUCUUGCCAAUUUUGCUCCAAAACUUUUCAUCUAUCGAAAAGUUUCAAAAUACAUGUGAAGAAUCACUUAGAAAAAGGAAAAAAUUCAUAUUGUUGCAAGAUAUGCACCAAAUCUUUUUUUUCGGUGGAGAAUUUGAAAACUCACCAGAAAUAUUUUCAUAGAGGUAAAAAACUAUCUUCCAUGGAUCUGUCAACAAAUCAAUAUAAACCAAUAUCAAUUGAGAAUUCGGAUGAAAAAUAUUUUAAUAUUAAUGAAGUGGUUAUCGAGGAUGACUUGAAUAUUUAUGAAAAAGACGUCAAGGAUGAUUUGAAUGUUCAAGAAGUUAUCAAGGAUAACCUGAAAAUUCAUGAAGAGACUAUAAAAGUGGAAUUCAUUAGCAAAGAUGUAGGAGAUGAGAAUGUUACACUGGAUGUGAAAACUAAUUAUUCACCAGGUAAAAUAUAUAUUUGA